AUGACAAGCAUCGUUGGAAGAGCCAGAGGAGGAGAUCCGUUACAGAGUCUCCGCAUUCUGAAUCCCUAUCCGGGCAUAUUUGCUUAUUAUGAUGGGCGUACUGGAGAGCGUUUCGCUUCCGACCAGCCCAAUUGGCUCGAUGAUGGCGCGUUCACGCUGGGAGUAUCGACAUAUUCCAUCAUCGACGGCAACGAGGCCAUCAUAUACGACUCUCACAUUACUCCCGACCAUGCAGGUGCUGUAAUGCGUCAUGUUCAGAGCCAAGGUGUCACCAAGAUGUCGGUGGUGAUCAGUCACUUUCACAAUGAUCACAUUGCUGGCACUGAAGUUUUCUCUAAAGGGGGAGCCACAAUUGUCGGACAUGAAAUCACGGCCCGGACAGUGAAGAGGAAUACGCAGGACCUUGCUUCUGAUAGCCCAGCCAUUGUUGCUGUGCCCCCUACGGAGCUCUACACUGGGAAGAAGGAGAUGAAGGUGGGCAACCUCUCUGUUGAGUUGCACAAUUUCCAAAUUCACACUCCUGAUGGAACUAUCCUUUACAUCCCUUCGAAGCAGCUGAUCUUCGCCGGUGAUACUGUGGAGGAUACGGCGACCUUCAUCGCUGAUGCCAAGAGCUUGCCGAUGCAUCAGAUGGAGCUUCAACGAAUGGCGACUUUCCCUAUCUCGAAGAUCCUGCCUGCACAUGGAGAGCCAAACAGGAUUGCCAUGGGUGGCUACAACUCAACUUUCACCAAUGCAACACUUCGGUACAUUGCUGCGAUGACAGAGGAUGUGCCGGAGCCAGCAGCUUGGAACCAACCUUUGUCUCAGGUUGUUGAUGCAGACGUCAAAGGCGGGGACUUGAUAUACUUCGCGCAAUACGAGGAAUAUCCCAACGGCACCAUUCAAGGGCGCGUGCUACCUCCUCAUACGGACCAGUACAAAAGGCCACCGACCAGAACCGAGACCGAGAACCCCGAACCAACUACCGGCCCCUCAUUCACCAUGCCGUCAAUUCGCAAUACUGCCUCCGAUGUCCCGGACAUGAACCUCUACAAGCUCAGCCGGGUUCACCGCACGCUUGACAAAUUAAAGGAGAAGAACGAAUGGGAGGCAGAAGACACAAAGUCCUUUGACUGCAUGCACUACCUGGGCGAUAGUGCGAUCGAAACGGCUGCCAAGUCUUUGGGCCUGCAAGCCGGGGAGCGGGUGCUCGAUAUCGGAUCCGGGUUCGGUGGCACGGGCAGAUACCUCUACCGACACUUCGAUGCUACGACAGCUGGCAUUGAGCUGCAAAAGGAGAUUCACGAUAUUGCUCAGACAAUUAACGCAAAAUCGGGUGCUGAGGCAAAUGCGACAUCCACUAACGGCAACUUCCUCAAACUCGACCCAGCUGAAAUGGGUGCGCCGUUUGACCACAUCGUCUCAUUCCUGUGCAUUCUGCAUAUCCCAGAACGAGAAGCCCUGUUCAAGAAAGCACACAGCGUCCUCAAGCCAAGAGGCAAGAUGUACAUUGAAGACUUCUUUGCCCGAACAUCUCUGGACGCCAAGACUCUCGAGGUCUUGAGAAGCUCGGUUUCCUGUCCGGACUUGCCUGACAAAGAGCAUUACAUUGCAGAGCUCGAGAAAGCUGGGUUCGAGGUCACUGACUGGGUUGAUAUGUCAACCAUCUGGACAGACUUCGUGCAUGAGCGUGCUGAAGCCUACAAGAAAGAUCCGUCGAUAGAUGCUGAUCUCACCGCAUUCUAUGAUGCCGUUGAUGAAGUGUUCUCUGGAGGCCAGGUCGGAGGCACCCGAAUUACAUGUCAAAGAAAGUAA